UAAUGACCGGCUCGGCCGUGGCCUCAAUGGCCUUUGCCCGCUUGCCCGCUCAUCUGCGCCCGCUCCAUUACAAUGUGCGACUAAAGCCGGAUUUGGUGGCCUUGACCUUCCAAGGCUGGAUGAACGUGGAAGUGGAGGUGCUUCGAGAGACCUCCGAGAUCGUGUGCAAUGCGGCCGAAUUGACCGUCCAACGACUGACGGCCGAAUCCACGGCUCAACCCGAUUGGCCGGCCCAGUCUUUUGGCCCGGAGGGCGUGCAACUCGAUGAAUUCGCCGAAACGCUGCGCGUCCAAUUGGCGCGGCCUUUACCCGUAGGGCUGGCCCGCAUCCAUUGCGUGUAUCAAGGGGUGCUCAAUGACCGAAUGCGCGGCUUUUACCGCAGUCGCUACACCACGCCCGACGGCCAGACCCGCUUUGCCGCAGCCACUCAGUUCGAGUCCACUGAAGCUCGCCGGUGCUUCCCGUGUUGGGAUGAGCCGGCCCUGAAAAGCUCGUUCAGCUUAUCGGUCAUUGCCCCGCGAGAUCGGACCGUGCACUCCAACAUGCCCGAAGCGCCCGACCUGACCGAUCCCGUGUUGGACACGGCGGCGGCGGAUCAGGUCGGACCCAAUGACCGACUGGUCUUGUUCGGGCCCUCACCCAUCAUGAGCACUUACCUGCUCGCUUUGGUGGUGGGCGAAUUUGAGUCGGUGGAUGGACACACCCAAGACGACAUCCUGGUGCGUUCGUUCACGCCCAUCGGGAAAGUUGAGCAGGGUCGAUUUGCCAUGGAGACCAGUGUUCGAGCGCUGGAAUUCUACACCCAGUUCUUUGACGUGCCGUAUCCGUUGCCUAAGUAUGAUUGCAUCGCCUUGGCCGAUUUCGAGUGCGGCGCCAUGGAGAAUUGGGGUUUGGUCACGUACCGCGAGAGUUGCAUCUUGGUGGACGCACAGAACACAUCCACUGCCAGCAAGCAGUUCAUUGCUAUCGUGGUGUGUCACGAGAUGGCCCAUCAAUGGUUUGGCAAUCUCGUCACCAUGGAGUGGUGGACCCACCUCUGGCUGAACGAAGGCUUUGCCUCGUUCAUGGAGAACACUUGCACCCACGCGCUUUUCCCUCACUUUGACAUCUGGACCCAAUUCGUGGGGGAUACGUUGCUCGAGGCCCUUCGGCUGGACGCCUUGGCUAGUUCUCAUCCGAUUGAAGUGGAGGUCGGUCAUCCGGCCGAAGUCGAUGAGAUCUUCGACUCGAUUUCCUACAAUAAGGGCGCCUCGGUCAUUCGCAUGUUACACCACUUCAUUGGAAAUGAGGCUUUUCGAAAGAGUCUGCACAACUACAUCAAGAAGUUCUCAUACCGAAAUGCCAGAACUGAAGACUUGUGGGAAUGUUUGGCCGAGGGAAGUCAGAAGCCCGUGGGUCAGAUCAUGUCCACCUGGACGAGCCAAAUGGGUUUCCCGGUGAUAGUAGUGCGGCGGAUUGUGAGCCAGGGUGACACCACCACGUUGACCUUGUCCCAAGAGAAGUUCAAUGCUGACGGCUCUCAGUCUGAGGGAUAUAAGUGGCUUGUGCCCAUUGAUAUUUUAACCUCCACGGGCACGACCCAGUCGGUUCUUUUGGAGCAACUCGAAAUGGAAGUUACGUUGGAAAACACACCGGAAGAUGCUUGGGUCAAACUCAAUCCGGAGUACAUGGGCUAUUAUCGUGUUCAAUAUCCCGAGAACUAUAUGGUCAAGUUCAGCCCAGACAUCGCUUCCAAGAAGCUCUCUGAAUUGAACCGAUUAGCUCUAUUGGAUGACUUGAUGGCUUUUGUUCAAGCCGGCCGGGUCAAGACGUCCUUGAUCCUGGAAAUGAUUCGAAAUAUCAAGAACGAGGAUAGUUACGUCGUCUGGCGCUCGGUGGGCGAGUGCUUCGGCAAACUCUCCGUCCUUUUGGCUGACGAAGCAUGUCGUCCGGAUUUCAAGAAGUUUGUCAUCGAUACCAUGGAAGAUGUAGUGGAGAAAGUCGGAUGGGGUCCAAAAGCCGAAGAACAUCACACUCAAGGAUUGUUGAGAAGCAUGGUCAUAUCCAGACUGGGUCAAUAUGGACACGAUAAUACUGUUCAAGAGAGCCAACGACAAUUCCAGGCUCAUGUGGAGAAAUUGGGAGAAAUUUUGGCUGAUUUACGGGCGCCCGUCUAUCGCACGGUCAUGGCUCACGGCGGGGAAGAUACUUACCAACAAAUGCUUGCCCUGUAUAGAGACACUGAUCUCCAUGAGGAGAAGGACCGCAUAUCGAGAGCCAUGGGGGCCAGUCAAGAUAUCGAGGUGUUGAAAAAAGUCUUGGAGUUUGCCAUCAGCGACGAAGUCCGAUCUCAAGAUUCCCCCUUUAUUAUCGGCUCGGUGGCAUCCAACGUGAAAGGACGAGAAUUGGCCUGGACCUUCUUCAAGGACCACUUUGACCUCUUCUAUGGUCGAUAUAAGGGUGGCUCGCUAAUGGCCCGACUGAUCAAGUCCACCGCUGACGCUUUCAAGACCGACGAAAAAGCUGAGGAGGUCACCAAGUUCUUUGAAUCCAAGGGCAAUCCCGCCGAAAGAUCAGUGAAGCAAAGCAUUGAAUCCAUCCGAUUGAAUGCAGCCUGGUGGAAACGCGAUGGAAAAGACAUUCAAGGUUUCUUCAAUUCCAUGUAAUUAUAAUUUUUUUCUUUUUAGACGCUAUUGGAUAUGCUCUGUCAUUGUCUUUUUGUAGUGAUAGACUUGUGGAAAAACCUGUUUGAUUCUCAACUGCUUUGUACCAAGACCAAUUGAAACCAG